UAUGAAACGCGACAGAUGUUUUGUUGUAGCAAUCUUCUAUGCUAAACACAGCGGACAUUUAUGAUUCCAUUGUUAAAGUUGAUUUCGCAAAUCAACUGAAUCGACAAUUAAUUUCAUUUUUGCGUGCAGAUUGAGCAUAUCUAUUUGAAGUCAGAAAGGUCGAAACAUGGCAGAAAACACAGAGCAAAAUGAGGCAAAGCAUGACAUGUCAGCUGGAAUGACAGACCAAGAGAAAGAAAUGGCAGCCACUGCAUAUGAAUCGUUUGUGGCUGGCAAGUAUGACGAGUCUUUGAGACACCUUGAAGCCCUGCAAGAAUUGAAUAAAGAGGACUACAAGAUCGCUUUGAAUAAAGCUGUUGUAGAGUUUUACAAAAGUGGUCAGACUACCACAGGAAACCUUAAGCAAAGCCUAAUGGCCAUGAAAAGCCAGGUUCACACAGCCACAGAGGAUGUUGAUGGGUUGGAUGAUGUUGAAAAUAGUUUGUUGUACUACAAUCAAGCCAUUGUCCACUAUCAUAUGCGGCAAUACUCUGAAGCCAUUUCCAUUGGAGAGAAACUCUAUCAAUUUCUGGAACCGUUUGAAGAGAAGUUUGCUCAGGCUGUGUGUUUCCUGUUGGUGGAUCUGUACCUGCUCACAUUCCAGCCAGAAAAGGCCCUCCAUCUCUUGGCUGUGCUGGAUAAGCUAUCUGUACAAGGAAGCAACAAGAACGGAAAAGCAGAGAACAACAAAGAUGGUGGGAACCAGAAGGCAGAGUUUUCAGCCAUGAUUGAGGCAGCUAAAUCAAAGAUGCACCAGUACAAAGUAAGAGCCUACAUUCAGAUGAAAUCCUCAAAGGCAUGUAAAAGGGAGAUAAAGUCAGUGAUGAACACAGCAGGAAAUUCUGCACCGUCACUAUUCCUUAAGAGUAACUUUGAAUAUCUGAGAGGAAACUACCGGAAAGCAGUGAAGCUGCUCAACAGCUCCAACAUCGCAGAACACCCCGGACCCAUCAAGACAGGUGAAUGUGUUCGAUGUAUGUUCUGGAACAAUCUUGGCUGCAUUCACUUUGCAAUGGGGAAACAUAACCUAGGCAUUUUCUACUUCAAGAAGGCAUUACAAGAAAACGAUCACACUUGUGCACAGCUUGGAGAUGGUGGCAAUGGGCAAGCUAAAAAAUUCACAGGUAUCCCUAUGUGUGCUCUACUGGCCAACAAACGCUAUGAGCUUCUGUAUAACUGUGGCAUCCAGCUGCUGCACAUUGGCAGGCCUCUGGCGGCCUUUGAAUGUCUGAUUGAGGCGGUGCAGGUUUACCAUUCAAACCCUCGACUGUGGCUGCGACUUGCAGAGAGUUGCAUUGCUGCUAAUAAAGGGGGUUCAGAACAGGAGAGCAAAGGUUUACCUUGUAAAAAAGGCAUUGUUCAAUCAAUUGUCGGACAGGGAUAUCAUCGCAAGAUUGUAUUGGCAUCCCAAUCCAUGCAGAACACUAUUUACAGUGAAGGCCAGUCAGCAGCCAUCCCAGUAGCCAGUAUGGAAUUUGCUGCCAUUUGUCUAAGGAACGCUCUGCUGCUACUACCUGAACAUCAACAACAGGACAGCAAGACAGACAACAGCUCCAAGAGCUCAAGUCAGUCAGGAAGCACAGAGAGUGGCAGCGAGAACAGUGAUGCCUGCAGUGGGAAAGGUCAGGAGGCUGACAGAUUACUCUCUGCAGCACCAUCAUCUCCUCUCAGAAAGCAGGAAGUGGAAAACCUCAGGUGUUCCAUCUUGGCGUGUAGUGCCUAUGUGGCAUUAGCACUAGGAGACAACCUGAUGGCUUUAAACCAUGCUGAGAAACUGCUUCAUCAAGCCAAGGUGUCAGGCUCACUCAAGUUCCUCGGUCACCUCUAUGCAGCCGAGGCCCUCAUUUCAUUGGAGAGAAUCUCCGAUGCCAUCAUGCACCUCAACCCAGACAAUGUCACUGAUGUGUCAAUUGGGGUGCUGACUAGUGAGCAAGACCCAGAGCACUAUGCGACAAUACAUAGAACUCCUGCCAUCAUGACCACCACAUCAAUGCAUGGCCUGGAAAUGUGCCAGCAUUCAACAUGGCAGCCAAAUAUCAAUGCAUUGCCUUUGAUGGAAUGUCAACACAUUCAAACGACACAUGAAAGUCACAUUGACCUCACAAGUCUUCUAUUGGGCUUCCUGGGCACAGGUAUUAACACUAGAUAACCCAGGUUGCCUGAUCGUCGUGCCUAAGUGGCCACCAUUUUGGGAAGGUCGUCGUUACCCUGAAGGCAACGGCGCACAUUUAGACAGUAUUACAGCAUUACAUUUAUCCAUCCAUCCAUCUUCUGAGGCGAUUCUCCUCACUAGGGUCGCGGGCGUGCUGGAGCCUAUCCCAGCUAUCAUCGGGCAGGAGGCGGGGUACACCCUGAACUGAUUGCCAGCCAAUCGCUGGGCACAUACAACAUACGCUGGGAACACAUACAUACAUACGCUGGGCACAUACAUGCCAGCCAAUCGCUGGGCACAUACAAACAAACAAGCACUCACAUUCACACCUGCGGGCAAUUUAGAGUUUUCAAUCAACAUGCCUGUUUUUGGGAUGUGGGAGGAAACCGGAGUGCCCGGAGAAAACCCACGCAGGCACGGGCCAGGCAGGGCCGGGGAUUGAACCCCGCUCCUCAGAACUGUGAGGCUGACGCUCUAACCAGUCGCCCACCGUGCCGCCGCAUUACAUUUAAAUGAACAAAAACAACAGCUUUCAUGUACUGGAGUAUUUGUCUGGCACUGUCUGCCCUAACGUGGAUAUUUCAGAUCACUUAUAACUAUAGAAAACGCCAUGCAGUAAAUUGCAGUUGUGGUGUUGUAAUUUUGUGCAUACACACACACACACACAGCAACAUCAGAAUUUGUACAUUCAAAUUGUAUUUGAAUUUGUUCAAGCUGUGGUUAAAAAAAAAAUCGAAGUUACUCAUUAUUUACUCAGUACUCUUACUCAAGUAAUUAUUUGGAGGACUACUUUUUAUUUUUACGUGAGUCACAUUAUUGUCAAGAACAGUACUCUUACUUGAGUACAAUAUUUGGCUACCCUACCCACCUCUGGAGCGGACAUCCUCUAUUGCGACACUUACUUUUAAGCAACAUUUUUGCUCAUCAGAUCAGCCGUUGUCGUAUUUGUUGCACUGGUCUUUUGUAUUUUUCGCGUUGAGGUGCUGCGGGUCGUGGCCCUGGUUGUAAUCCCAGCGGAAGCACA